CCCGCAGGCUCCACCCGUUGCCCAUCCCUCAGGAUGAGAGAGGCCUGGGCCCGGCCCUCCCCCUGUCCCUGUAGUUGAUAGUUUGGAGGCAGAGGUGAUGCUGGAUCGAGAUGGCAGACAGCGUGAGAACCUUCCUGCACGACCUCGUCAGGGGAAUUAAGGACUCCAUCUGGGGCAUCUGCACCAUCUCCAAGCUGGAUGCCAGGAUCCAGCAGAAAAGGGAAGAGCAGAGGCGGAGGAGAGCCAACAGCGCACUCGCCCAGCGGAGGUUUCACAUGGAAGAGAAGAAGCAAGAGAAUGAACCCCGGAUAGUGAGCCGGAUAUUUCAGUGCUGUGCCUGGAACGGAGGUGUCUUCUGGCUUAGUCUCUUCUUGUUCUACCGAGUGUUCAUCCCUGUCCUGCAGUCAGUCACGGCACAGAUCAUUGGUGACCCUUCUUUACAUGGUGAUGUCUGGUCCUGGCUGGAGUUCAUCCUCACCUCCAUUUUCAGUGCUCUCUGGGUCCUGCCACUCUUUGUGCUCAGUAAGGUUGUCAAUGCCAUCUGGUUCCAGGACAUUGCGGAUCUGGCGUUCGAGGUGUCGGGGAGGAAACCUCAUCCCUUUCCUAGCGUCAGCAAGAUCAUCGCUGACAUGCUGUUCAACCUCCUGCUGCAGGCGCUGUUCCUCAUCCAGGGAAUGAUUGUGAGCCUGUUUCCCAUCGACCUGGUCGGGCAGCUCGUCAGCCUCCUGCACAUGUCACUGCUCUACUCGCUCUACUGCUUCGAGUACCGCUGGUUUAACAAAGGAAUCGAGAUGCACCAACGGUUGUCCAACAUCGAGCGGAAUUGGCCCUACUACUUCGGCUUCGGCUUACCGCUGGCUUUCCUCACCGCCAUGCAGUCCUCCUACAUCAUCAGCGGUUGUCUCUUUUCCAUCCUCUUCCCUCUCUUCAUCAUCAGCGCCAAUGAAGCCAGGACCCCCGGCAAAACCUACCUGACUGCCUCUUCCCUUUCAUUCUCCUUGGUGGUUUUCCUCAGCAACAGACUCUUUCACAAGACCGUUUACCUUCAGUCCGCCUUCAGCGGU